AAUGUCAGAAUACACAGGACUAAUAGGAUUACCAACAACUGGACAAUCACCAAUCAAUUUGGACGAUGAAUUUGUACGAGAACGCCAAUAUCCACCCCUUGUUAUGAAUGGUCAUUGGUUGAACGAUGGAGAAGCACGUUUAUACAAUACUGGUAGCACAGCAAAGAUAAUCCUAACUGGCGACCGAAUUCCAUCCACCAUUUCCGGCGGUCCUCUAGCAGGCGACGUUUACGAGCUCGUCGAGGCUCAUUUCCACUGGGGCGAGGACAACUGCAGGGGUGCUGAACACACCAUAAACGGCACCUGGUACUCCAUGGAAGGACACGUGCUUCACUGGAACAAGAAAUAUUUCAGCUUCGAGGAAUGCCAAAGGCACAAGGACGGCCUAUGUAUCCUGGCAUAUUUAUUCUUAGUACAACCAGGUUGCUGUGAUUGUAUUAAUCCGCAAUUGGAGAGGAUAACCGAAAACUUGAAAUAUGUGGCCGAUCCGGAUAUGGAAGCGAAAAUACCUGCUAACAGUUUGUGCUGGAUGCGUUGGGCGACAUAUUGUACCAGGUACUACACGUACGCAGGAUCAUAUAAUGUCGGUGACCAUCCGGAAUGUGCCACGUGGAUAGUGUUUCCUGUUGUUAUACCCAUUCGACCCAGUGAUAUCAACGAGUUUCGAAAACUAAGAGACAAGGAUGGAAAGUGUAUAACACAAAAUUGGCGAGAAACGCAACAGUUAAAAUGUAGACAAAUAUACUUAGCAGUGCCCAACCGGUGA